GCGGUCUGAGUCAGACGCGGAAUAGCACGAUAUAGAGAUACACCAGUAGGAAGUUGCAUCACGUGCGAAAGUUGUGGGAUUGAGGGACUCCAGAGAGUUAUACAGAGAGAGUAGGUAGUAGAAGCGUCGUGGGAGUCGAGCGAGAGCAGCGAUGUUAAAAGGAAGAAGGGGGUCUUUCUUUGUUUCGCUUUUUAACACAAAAUCAGUGCUUUACUUUGGUGGCACGUUGGCAAAUGCCGUUUGACUCCCUCAUCCAUGUACAGUUCCUUUUUCUGUUAGCGGAUUAAGUACCUAUGUGUCACCGAAAUAACGCGCGCGCCACACCUGCUUGUGAUAUACCUACUACUUGCAGCUGUCAUCGUAUUGCUGCUGCUUUAUGGAUUUUGGAUGCAGUGUUGUAAGAACGUCGUCUUCCUCGAGGAAUAAAAGAUCUCACCAAGUAUCUUAGAUGGAGAAAAAUGAGCGCAAAUCAAUUGCAUUUCAGUUGCUCUCAAUGCAAAUGCCAUUUGAACCAAAGAGACUGCGAUCGUUCAUAAAAUGAUUUCAAGUUUCGUGCAGUGGAAGAGUAGAAUAAAAAGGGAGAUAAUCUUUGCCCAAAAUGCUGCAGGCUGUUAGAUUGCUGACAGAGAUGGCGAGGUCAGACGACAGGUCGAGAGGGGAAAGUCCUGCCUCGGAAGCCCAAGCUUCCACAUCCACUGGUGAAGCCACUCCUCCGGUCAUAUUUCGAGAGAUACACAAAAAUGGCUGGCUACGACGUACAGACUGCAAACCCGAGAAAGAACAGAGCUCGCGGUGCUGGGUAGCUUUUUGCGUGUACGACGAUGCAGAACCGAGGCUCGAGGGCUUUGCCGACCAGCGCCAGGCGACAACUCACAGUCCAAUCUGGUCGCAGUCCUUGCGUCCGACUCAGCACCUGUCGCCGACCCUUUGCGCCACCCCCAAGAACGAUUUUGAGUUCUGCGUUAGCUUGGCCGACAACAAAGCUCUUAGGCUCGCUGCGCCCACGUACCAGGCAAUGAUGGACUGGGUACAGGUGGUCACUAGAAAACUCACGGAGAUGAAGGUGCUGGGACCUAAGGAGAAUCUGUAUUCUAAGCCACCCGAGAGAAUCGCCACUCGAGACCCAACCAGUCCACUGCCACCACCCCCAGCAAGCUUGAGCACCGGUACUAGAACAGCAGCGGCAAUGGCGGGGGUGCCAGUGGGUAUCUCAGCUUCGCCGUCUACUUCAAACGCGCCCACGGUUUUUACGUUCGACGACAUAGCUCUGGAAGAACGUAGGCCGUCCAUCAGGAGGCCUAAUCGACCCGCUCCACCGAUACCUCUGAGUCCUCGUCUGGGUGGGACUACCGCCAAUGCCGGCGAGUCUAGUUACGAGAGCGUUUUCCUCGCCUCUUCGUCCUAUCCCCAGAACUCGGAAAGCUCCAGAUCGAACAACAACACAUCAGCCAGCAGGUCGCACAGCUCGAACGACGAGAAUGACCAGUACGCAGCUUUAAUCGAAUACCGAAGUUUGGACAAUGCAGAUACAACAACAACGACGUCGAUGAAUUCCAAUUCUGCCGCCGGCAACGUUCAAGUCUCCGCUUCUAGUCAAAGUCGACAAGCAAGGAAUCAACUCGGGCAUCAGUUAACGCUGAGAGAAACGCAAGUGCUGCAGCUGAGGAAGGAAAUGAGCCAUCCGGCCGGCGUUAGGCUCAAACUCGGAAGGAGAGAUUGCAAGGACGGUAUAGCAUUCGUUGAUUGCUUCGGUGCCGUCUGGAUCGCAGGGUGGAAGCAUAAGGAUCAUCCUUUACUCUACAAUGUUUUGCACAUUGGAGAUUUAGUAUUAAGCGUAGCUGGAGUUCCACUGAACGGAGCUAGUUCAGUCAAAGACAUAAUAAAAAAUAACACAUCACCUCGUGUGGAAAUGAUAGUCAGAAGAUUACCGCACGGCCGAGUCACAACGCUCACUCGUCGUAACGAAUCCGAGGACUUUGGCAUCGAAAUUGGCUCGUCGAACGAAAUUCUAAGUGUCUCCGCAACAGCUCAGUCUCUCGGUCUGUCUGUAAUAGCCAAUCCUGCUGAUCCCAGUGCCGAAAUCGGUACCACAGUUGGCUACACGAUAACGGAAGUCAACAAUCGUCCCCUGUUCGAGAGCAGUGCGCGCGAACGUGUGAAUGCCUCGCUUGGCCGGGACGUUUCGAUCGUUUUCCAGCCCAGUGAUCUCGUCCACGCUAUUCGAGAUAAACUACGUACCGUCCGCAGCUACAAGAGCUUCGUUUAAUUAAUUGUAAAACAAAACAACACGCGUUACCUGUCUACGUCAAGCAGCUCUCAUCGGAGCCUGAAAUGUUGGUGUAUAUUUUUUUGUGUGAUAAGUACUUUUUUUCAGGGUCUGCUAAUUAAGGAAACAGAAACUUUUCGAGGUUUCUUCUUGUAUUUUUACAGGUGUAACUUAGAAAAAAGUUUUUCUUGUUAAUUCGUAUGAUGUAUCAUGACCAAAUACUAAUCCUUAAAGUUGGAGAGAUAUCGUGAGGAUGUUCUUCCUUUGUGAUAAUAUUAAAUUAAUAUGGAUUUUGAUAUAAAUUAUCAUGAACGGGAUUUCCCAUGGGGAAGUCUACUAAGAAACAAAGACUGUGUGAUAAAUGUGCUCAACUAAAAAUAUCCUGUGUAAUAUGUGGGUGUGUGUAUAAUUGUUUAAUUGACGUUUUUCUAAAACAAUGAUUGUCCAAUCAACGGUAAGAUAAUCGUGGGAGAUUCGAAUGGAAAAAUCGUUCAUCAUGCCACUUUCUUACCUAAAGUUUUAUUAUUAUUAUUAUUCUUUUUUUUUUUUUUUUCGGAAUAACUUAGUCAUCAAAUUUUGUAUACUAAAUAUUUGUAUGAAAAGAAAUAAAUCAUGUAUAUAAAUGUUUAUCGUUAAAUAAACUUU